ACUGCAUAAACAAGCCUCUCAUCAUGUUCUGGCCUCCCAUUCUCAGCCUUCUGGUGAUGUGGUUUGCAGGUUCAGACUCUCAGCCUGUGCUGACUCAACCCCCAUCAGCAUCAGUGUCACCAGGGAGCACAAUGAAGCUCUCCUGUGUCAUGGGCAGCGGGUUCAGUUUCAGUGGCUACUACAUGUAUUGGUACCAGCAGAAGCCUGGCAACCCCCCAAGAUACCUCUUGUACUAUUAUUCCGAUUCCAGCAAGAGCCAGGGCUCUGGAGUCCCCUCUCGUUUCUCUGGGUCCAAAGACACAUCUGCAAACACAGGCUAUUUAACCAUCACAGGAGUCCAGGCAGAAGACGAGGCUAAUUAUUACUGUGCUACCCAUUAUACCAGCGGGAGCAGCUAUGUGUAA